UUUGGUUUCUCAGACAGUCAGGGAGGAAGUUGGUUGGGCAGAACACAGUUGGCAGCCACAGGUCUCGCCGCUGACAUAACAACACUACCACCAGAACUUUUAGAAUAAUUAUAAGUGCUGUUUAAGGGCUAACUUGAGUAUAUUAUUGUUUUGUGUCCAUUUAAUUAAUACUUGCCCUUGAAACUACAGUGAGAUAUUUGCUGAUAGAUAACCCUGACCACGGCACCGAGGGUAGAUGUAUAAAAGUAUAACUCGAUAAUUAAUUUGGAAAUAUUAAAAUAUUUCGAAACGCAAAACUCAGACUGAAAGAACGCAAAAAGUUCUGCGCCUCGUUUUCCUUGUGUUGGGAAAACAUUAACCAGACUUCAGACGCGACAGAAGUGUCUCCUUCAUCUCUGAAAUUUUCAAGCUUCUCGUGGCUGAUUCUUGAUUGAUAAGAGACAGCAGCAGCCAUGACCAAGCUGGAGGUGGUAGCCACAGUUUCUGACGACCAGAAACACCAGAGCGACGCUAACUCCGUGUGUCUCCACGGAGAGAAGGUGUUCACUUGUGCAGACGAUGGCAAGGUCAAGUUCAGCAGACCCAAGAGGCUGGUGCCCAGGCCUGGUGACGACAUUGAAGCUGUGUUGGUACACGGUGCUCGCGUCCUCACCUGCUCUGCUGGGGGCAAGGUCAAGGUCUGGGAUCACCACGACCUGAAACUGCUGCACGAGUUCCAGGCGCACGACUACGGUGUGAACGACCUGCUGGUGCUCGGUAACACGCUCUUCACGUGCUCCGUGGAUGCCACCGUGAAGAGCUGGGAUGUAAACACCUUUCAGCUGAAGAAGACACUAUCGCCACACGAGGAGUCUGUAAGGAAGCUGGCUACCAAUGGUACCAGUGUGUUUGCUGGAGAUGACAAGGGUGAGGUACGGGUCUAUACCGAAGAAGGAGAUCUGCUUGCCUUCUACAGUGUGGUGGAGGAGGUGUGGGGCCUCCACGCCCAGGAGAACCUCCUGUACACAGUCAGGGACAGAGGUGUCACCAUCACACAGACCAAAGGAGAGACGAACAAGUUCACAGUUACUAAGUCGCUGGAUGGUCGUGCACCUCUGUGUGUGGUUGGUGGCAACCUGGUAGUUCCUGAGGCCUCUGGUCUGAGCAUCAUUGUCUACGACAACACCAGCAGUGCUUACACCCUCAGAGGACAGCUGCAGGGUCACGCGAUGAUCAUCACCAGCCUGGCAGGUAUGAGUGAGGACAGAUUAGUGUCAGCAGGCUGGGACAACACAGCCAGGGUGUGGGACCUACACACCCUGGCACCACUCACCACCACACCCUGCACCCUGCCAGGCUGUCCUAACACCCUCGCUGCCUCCCCUGACGGCUGUGUCUUCGCUGCAGGCAUCGGUGGCUACCUCUGUAAGAUGAAGUUGGUGUAGAACGAAGCUGGUGUAGGAUGAACCUGGUAAAGGAUGAAGCUGGUGUAGGAUGAAGCUGGUAAAGGAUGAAGCUGGUGUAGGAUGAAGCUGGUAAAGGAUGAAGCUGGUGUAGGAUGAAGCUGGUGUAGGAUGAAGCUGGUGUAGGAUGAAGCUGGUGUAGGAUGAAGCUGGCGAAAGAUGAAGAUUUUAAUAGUGUGAGGCACCAUCACCAGUGUAAGAAUACACCAGGAGAGUAUACAUAAAGACACCGUCAAGAAGACUGUGACACCAGGAGAGUAUACAUAGAAACUAUCAAGAAGACUGUGACACCAGGAGAGUAUACAUAGAAACUAUCAAGAAGACUGUGACACUAGGAGAGUAUACAUAGAAACUAUCAAGAAGACUGUGACACUAGGAGAGUAUACAUAGAAACUAUCAAGAAGACUGUGACACCAGGAGAGUAUACAUAGAAACUAUCAAGAAGACUGUGACAUUAGGAGAGUAUACAUAGAAACUAUCAAGAAGACUGUGACACUAGGAGAGUAUACAUAGAAACUAUCAAGAAGACUGUGACACUAGGAGAGUAUACAUAGAAACUAUCAAGAAGACUGUGACACCAGGAGAGUAUACAUAAAGACACCGUCAAGAAGACUGACACCAGGAGAGUAUACAUAGAAACUAUCAAGAAGACUGUGACACCAGGAGAGUAUACAUAGAAACUAUCAAGAAGACUGUGACACUAGGAGAGUAUACAUAGAAACUAUCAAGAAGACUGUGACACUAGGAGAGUAUACAUAGAAACUAUCAAGAAGACUGUGACACUAGGAGAGUAUACAUAGAAACUAUCAAGAAGACUGUGACACCAGGAGAGUAUACAUAAAGACACCAUCAAGAAGACUGUGACACCAGGAGAGUAUACAUAGAAAUUAUCAAGAAGACUGUGACACCAGGAGAGUAUACAUAGAAACUAUCAAGAAGACUGUGACACCAGGAGAGUAUACAUAGAAACUAUCAAGAAGACUGUGACACCAGGAGAGUAUACAUAAAGACACCAUCAAGAAUGUGACACCAGGAGAGUAUACAUAGAAAUUAUCAAGAAGACUGUGACACCAGGAGAGUAUAUAUAGAAACUAUCAAGAAGACUGUGACACCAGGAGAGUAUACAUAUAAACUAUCAAGAAGACUGUGACACCAGGAGAGUAUAUAUAGAAACUAUCAAGAAGACUGUGACACCAGGAGAGUAUACAUAGAAACUAUCAAGAAGACUGUGACACCAGGAGAGUAUACAUAAAGACACCAUCAAGAAUGUGACACCAGGAGAGUAUACAUAAAGACACCAUCAAGAAUGUGACACCAGGAGAGUAUACAUAGAAACUAUCAAGAAGACUGUGACACCAGGAGAGUAUACAUAAAGACACCAUCAAGAAUGUGACACCAGGAGAGUAUACAUAAAGACACCAUCAAGAAUGUGACACCAGGAGAGUAUACAUAGAAAUUAUCAAGAAGACUGUGACACCAGGAGAGUAUACAUAGAAACUAUCAAGAAGACUGUGACACCAGGAGAGUAUACAUAAAGACACCAUCAAGAAUGUGACACCAGGAGAGUAUACAUAGAAAUUAUCAAGAAGAAUGUGACACCAGGAGAGUAUACAUAAAGACACCAUCAAGAAUGUGACACCAGGAGAGUAUACAUAGAAAUUAUCAAGAAGAAUGUGACACCAGGAGAGUAUACAUAAAGACACCAUCAAGAAUGUGACACCAGGAGAGUAUACAUAGAAAUUAUCAAGAAGAAUGUGACACCAGGAGAGUAUACAUAAAGACACUAUCAAGAAUGUGACACCAGGAGAGUAUACAUAGAAACUAUCAAGAAGACUGUGACACCAGGAGAGUAUACAUAGAAACUAUCAAGAAGACUGUGACACCAGGAGAGUAUAAAUAAAAACUCUAUCAAGAAGGCGCCUAUACAAACAUUUUCAACAGAAGUCGUCGCCAGCAGACAUCAUGAAACAACAGAAAACGCCCCAAAAUUCUGCUCAGAGACUAUUAAUCCAGCCGUUGACUAUUUCACGAAUAUUAUUAUAUAUAAUUUUUAUAUAUAAUUUCAAAUUGCGUGGCGAGGACUUCAAAGGUGUAAACAAAAAAGAAUAUUCGUCCUGCAAUAAUUGUGCUUAUUACUUUUUUCAAAAUUAUUUAUUAAAAAAAAAAACAAAAUAUACGUUAGCGCAACUUAGUUGUAUUUUAAACAAUUAUAUCUUAAUAAUUGUUCAGUUUCUCUUUUCAAAUAUAUUAAUACUGUAACUUAAUAUAUAUAAUUAAUGCUCUCAAAAACCUAUAUAAUAAUUAUUAAAAUAUUUAAAUGAAAUUAUUAUUUCUUUCUUUUUAUUGCAUAUGUUUAAUUUUCGAUUAAUUGUUAUAUUAAAAUAAUAUUUAUUUA